AUGUCACUCCAGCAAGAACAAAAAAAAGCAAAGAAAAGGAAUGAGUGUCCCGUUUGCGGGCAAAUCUUCAGUCACAAAUCCAGCCUUGUUACUCAUCAGAGAAUCCACACAGGUGAAAAACCCUAUCAGUGUGUAGAAUGUGGAAAGAGGUUCAACCGAAGGACACGACUCACUUCGCAUCAGAGGCUCCACACGGGGGAGAAGCUGUACAACUGUCCGGACUGUAGCAAGAGCUUCUGUGAAAAAUCAAGCCUCAAAGCACACCAGAGAAUCCACACGGGAGAGAAACCGUACAAAUGCCUGAGCUGUGGAAAGAGCUUCAGCCGUAGCUCGAAUCUGAUUACUCACCAGAGAAUCCACACCAGGCAGAAACCCCGCAAGCGCUGCAAAAACAGCAAAGUCCUUUCUUUGCAAUCUAGCUUCCCUUCCCAUGAGAGAAUUCAAACAGGAAGCGACCUGUGUAAUACCACACACUUUAGCGGGAAUAUUGGUGAUCUGUCGGGCCAACUCAGGCCUGAGGAUAUGUAUCUGGGGGAAGAGAUGUAUAAAUGUUUUGACUGCGGGGAAAGUUUUAACGAGAGUUCAAGCCUUUUUAUACACCAAACAAUUCAUUUAGAUGAGAAGCCCUACAGCCUCUGUGAUGGUGGAUUUUGUGAUGAAUCUAGUCUAAUGACUCAUCAGGGAAUCCAUGCAGGAGAGAAAAUUUACAAAUGCACCGAUUGUGAGAAGAGUUUCAGUCGUAGCUGGAGCCUCAUUACUCAUCAGAGAUACCACAGAGGGGAAAAACCAUACAAAUGCACAGACUGCAGUGAAAGCUUUUGUGACAAGUCGGGCCUAGUCAGGCACCAGAGAAUCCACACGGGAGAGAAACUGUACAAAUGCUUCAUCUGUGGCAAAAGCUUCAACCAGAGCACCAACCUUUUUACUCACCAGAGAAUCCACACGGGCGAGAAACCAUACAAAUGCAUCGAUUGUGGCAAAAGCUUUAACCAGAGUUCUCAUCUGAUCAGGCAUCAGAGGCUCCACACAGGAGAGAAACCGUACAAGUGCUCGGAAUGUGGGAAAAGCUUCACGCAGAGUCCAAAUCUCAUUAGGCACUGGAAAAUCCAUGCCCGUGAGAACACAUAG